UUAACAAUGACAACGGAAUCUAUUCACAUACCGAGUGACACGAACUUGGAUUAUCAAAUGGUCGCUCAAAUCGUGGAAGGUUUGAAGAAGGAACAGAAAAUUAUGCUGCCUUAUAAUGCAAGACUGAAAAUGCAUACUGAACUCAGAAUGCUGACUUUUUGGAGAGCCAUUAUAUCUGAAUGCAUGGCGUCAUUUUUGUACGUGUUCAUCGUUUGUGGAGCGGCUGCGGGCGCCGGUAUUGGGGCUUCAGUAUCAUCUGUCCUUCUUACAACAUCCCUUGCUUCGGGUCUUGCCAUAGCUGUUCUUACGCAUUGCUUUAUUCAUAUCUCAGGCGCUCAUAUAAAUCCGGCUGUCACUAUAGCUUGCUUUUUUACUCGUCUCAUAUCUCCUUUACGAACAACGAUGUACAUCGCUGCACAGCUUGGUGGUGGAAUUGCCGGUGCAGCGCUUCUUUAUGGCGUUUCACUGCCAGGCUACCAAGGCAAUCUUCAAGCAGCAAUAUCGCACACCCAAUCAGUGUCAUCAUGGGAACGUUUGGGAGUGGAAAUGAUUCUCACUUUUGUGAUUGUCGUUUCACUGCCAGGCUACCAAGGCAAUCUUCAAGCAGCAAUAUCGCACACCCAAUCAGUGUCAUCAUGGGAACGUUUGGGAGUGGAAAUGAUUCUCACUUUUGUGAUUGUGUUCACUUAUUUUGUAUCCACCAACACCCAUCGAAAAAUCUAUGGAAACUCAGCAGCAAUCAUCGGUGCAGCAUAUUCAGCAUGCAACUUUGUAUCGAUGCCUUACUUGAAUCCAGCGCGCGCUUUGGGUCCAUCGUUUGUUUUAAGCAAAUGGGAAAAUCAUUGGAUAUUCUGGGUUGGACCAUUAGUUGGUGGAGCAGUUUCUGGUGUUCUUUUUGAAAUCAUUUUCAACUCGAAAAAACGUAAUCUCAAUGGAAAAGAUUCCGAAGAAUCUUCGAGUAUGAAUUCUGAUGAAGAAAAUUAUGAUUUAGACAUUGAGAAAUCGAAUCCAAUGCAACCGAAAUUCCACGGUGGAAACUUCAACACAUAUCGAAGUGCACAAGGUGGAAUGAAGCAAAUGGGACAAUGUCAGACAAUGUAUCAAUCGAAGGUUGACAGAGUUGAAGCAAUUUAUGGUGGAACAAGAUCGCUUUAUUGUAAAUCACCAUCAUUGACACGCGCCAAUCUUCACCGAUCGCAAUCGGUUUAUACAAAAAGCAAUUCAGGAACUCCACGUGACACUGGCGUGUUACGUUCUGGGCCACUAGUUCCAGCUCAAUCUCUCUACCCUCUUCGAGUUGCUGCACCAAAUCAACAGAACACUCAUUUACAGAAUCAAAAUGUACAGAAUCAACUUCAACAAAGAUCUGAAAGUAUUUAUGGAAUUCGAGGUUCCAUGCGUCAGUCAAAUACUGAACGAGUAGUCGCUGAACGUCAAAUUCCAGAACGUGAGAGCUUCCAACCAAUUUAUGGUUUACGAAACAAUCCAACACCGAAUGAAACAGUAAAUUAUGAAUCACGUGAAGAGCCUGUUAAAUAUGUACGACGUCCCGAGUCUGUUUAUGGCAUGUCAAACCGGAGAAUUCAGUCAGCACAAUCUGAUGACAGUUCCUACGGUUCUUAUCAUGGUUCUUCACUUACACCACCCACUCGUGGAACACCACAUAAUGGCACAUUUCAACCAACAACUGGAUCGAUGAUGGGACAACAACAGCAACAACAACAGCAGCAACAACAACAGCAUCAACAAAAUUAUGGAAUGAUGCCACUUCCAACACCUCCAACACAACAACCACAACAACAGCAACACCAGCAUCAUCAUCAUCAGCCAUCACAUCAUUCAACCACCCAACAACAAAAUCAAAACGAAAGGAAAUUAUCAACGUCAACAAACUCAUCCCAACAAGUCCAAAGGAACGUUGAGUUCAAGGAGUUUAGUCAGAAAGGAUCGAACGUUCAUCCAACCUCAAAUCCAUUACCACCCCCACCUCCACAACAUCAAAAUUACCAGAUGCAUUCAAUCAGACAAAAUUAA